AUGAAAUUUAGAAAUAUUAUAUUACCAAUAUCUAUUGUGUUGUUUUUUACAAUUUUUAAAUAUUCAAAUGCAUAUUCAAAUAAUAAGUAUAAAAUUCAUUCAACAGAGUAUAUAUUUAAAAAUUUUGAUGGGCUAGUAUUUAAUCAAAUAUGGCCAAAAGCUGGUUGUUUGUCAAUGAAAAAAAAAUUAUUAAAUAAUGAAUGCAUACUUCCACCUCAUAAUGAAUGGACAAUACAUGGACUCUGGCCUUCUUCUGUAAAUAAUGCUGGUCCUUUUUUUUGUUCAGCUUCAUCUACCUUUAAUAUAACAGCACUUUCAUCAAUUGAAAAUGAGCUAAAGUCCAAGUGGAUUGGUCUAAACAAUAAAUCCAAAAAGUAUUAUAGUUUUUGGAAAUAUGAAUGGGACAAACAUGGAUCAUGUGGAACAAGUCAUAAAAAAUUAAAUUCUCUAUUAAAAUAUUUUAAAAAAGCACUUGAUCUUUCACAUGAAUAUAACAUUAAAAAUAUAUUAUCAAGAGUUAAUAUUUUACCUGGUGGCAGUUAUCAAGCUGAAGAAAUCAUCGAUGGAAUCAAUCAAGUUACAGGAAAACAUCCUAGAGUAACAUGUUUUUGGGACGAGAUUAAUAAUAAAUCGUACUUAAAAGAAAUUUCAAUUUGUUUACAUAAAGAAUCAAUGGAAUUAAUUCACUGUGACACUAUUGGAAAAAAUUCAUUAACAAAUUGUAAGACAGGUGAUGACGUUAUAUAUAUAUAAAAACAAUUAAUUGAUUUUUUUAUUUCUUAAUAAUUA